GAUCGAUACGAAACCCUAAAGACGAUUCCAUAAAUGCACCGCAAAUGCUCCCAAGCUUUCAUCUCACCAAUUGAAUUUUCCCGUCAAUCGCCGGCAAAUUCUUCAUGGCUUCUCUCUCCUUGAACGGCGCAUUUUCCUUGUCAUUGGCUAAGUCCUCAGUUCGAGUCCCCGGGAGCAGCAAGCCAAAACAUUCUCUCUCUAUUUCACGUAUUCGCGUGCCUUGUAGGGCUGUUAUCAGUGCACCGCAGGUCACAGCUUUUCCUCCGACAGGUCACGGGUUCAAGUCUCUUUGCGUGACUCCCGCCUCUGAGGGCGCUUACCCCCAAGUGGAGCCCCCUCCACACGAAGAAGAAGCAGAUGAAAUCACUGCAAUUCCUACGGUGAUGAAAUUCUACCAGGGAUUGAAUAGAAAGGACGUUAAAGCAGUAACUGAACUGCUUGCAGAGAAUUGUGUAUUGAACGACUCUCAAUUUCCAGGGACUUUCGAGGGCAAGAAGAUGGUUUUGAAAUUCGUGAAGGAUUUGGUUGAAGCUAUGGGAAAUGACAUCUUAUUUGUAGUAGAAGAAGUAAGCGAAGGGGAUGAUUUAAAUGUGGCAGUCAUAUGGCAUUUAGAAUGUGAAGGAAAAGCACUGCCAUUCACUAAAGGUUGCAGCUUCUAUCAUUGUGAGAAACAAGGAGAAAGAAUGGUUAUAAGGUCUAUGCAAGAUUUCAUGGAACCACCACUCAAACCGGGUCAACUAAUUUUGCAAUUAUUGAAGAUUAUUUCUUCUUUAUUCAAGCGAUCUCCAUACAUGGCUCAAAAACUUUUGACAAAUCCUUAUCAUGCAUUUGAAGGAGUGAUGGCGAUUUAUUGGAAGUAUUUACAUCCUAUAAUAUGGCCAUUUAUUAACCCAUUUAUAAUAUAUUAUCGUAUAGUAAUUAAAACCCUUUUUAAUUGGGUGACUUUCGUUGUUAAUAUUGUAUUAAAAAUUAUAAAGUUGUUUUCAAAGUAAUUGUUAUCCUCAUAUAAAUCAAAAUGAAAAUAUAAUUUUUAGAUGUUGUAAGAUUUUGAAAAAUUUGAAUAU